CCCUGGAUUAGUGGACAUCACAGGUGCCUCACAUGGUGUCCUGGUCGCUCCUUCCUGUAAUGUAUUUGACUUUCCAUAACUGGCUCUAGUUAGUUCUGAGUAGUGCUAACAGACUAAAAUUCCUUUACAGUUUCUGAAACUUUCUGUUCUGCCUAUCAUUGAUGCCACUUCAGCUAAAGACCAGUCUCUGUCCUCCUCUUCCUCAUAGGGUGUCUUUUAAAAUUUCAAUAAACGUGAGUUACGUGCUCUGACGGUGCCUUGGCGCGUGCCGCUGCUGUGGCAGUGAGCGGGUUAAAGCAGACAGUGCUGUCGUCCUAUCAGUGCUCUGCGGUGCAGUCCCAGCCCACCUCCUCCUGCCUGCGUCCCUCUGGAGGGAGCAGGGAGCCGGGGCUUGUGAGUGUUUGUGGCUGUUUGUCAUUCCCGCAGGAUACACUCCCUGUAGAAGCAGCCCGCUCCUCCUCACUAGGGUCGCUGCUAAGUCGGGGUUAGCUGUUAGUUUGGAGGCACUUGUGGAUAUUUCGACAGCGGCUGGAGGAGUCUUUGACUUUUCGUGGUUGUAACGGAGCCCCCGCACGCUGCUGAGCCCACAACGAACGCGAAGUAUCGGGGGACAAAAAGAGGAAAACACGAAAAGUGACGGUGUCCGUGUCAGGCCAACUAGGAGAGGACGAUGGCCCUGAGCGAUGCAGUUGACAACCCUGUGGCCUUAAGCAACGGAGAGCACCAUCCCCUCAGUGCCAUUGGAAAUGAUCCUUUAAGCAGCAGCAGCACACUGGUUAAAAACUGUCAGGACCCUCUCACAGCGGCCCCGAGUGAAGACUGUUUAACAGCAGAUGGAGAACAAAAUGCUAUCGGGAAGAUCGGAGGGGCUAACCUUCAGCAAAAGAAGCAGAGAGCCCAUGUUAUCCAAAGAACAAACAGACCAACCCAAAAUGGCAGUGUGGUCAAACAGAACAGAUCUUUGACAUACCUUCCCCCAUUAUCUGCUGUCUCUACCUCUCCCACAGUCUUAGUCUCCCAGAGACAAGGAAAACGCCACCUCCCCUCCACCCUCUCUGCGUGCUCCCCCUCCCCUCAUCUGCAGACUCCACCGUUCUGCUGCCAGCACUGUCCCUUCCAGUCCCCUCUGUGCAGCCAAUGUGGAAAGCAGGAGUGUCCGCGUUUACAGAAUCCAGGGGCCGGUCCAGGGCCCAGCUCCAUUCCUAACCAUGGGACCACAUCAUCAUGCUUGUGCUGCCACUCUGCCUGCACUUACCCCCACCCUCAUCCUGCCCAUCAAUCCUCUCCUUUCUGUCUCCAUCAGCACCAUCACCAGUGUUGGCAGGAGCACCUCCAGAACCAGGCACCUGGAAGAAGCCCUGCAAGGCCAUUUCGGUUCCCCAAAAGCUACGCCCAGCUAAUAGCUGACUGGCCUGUGGUGGUGCUGGGGGUCUGCACCGUGCUCAUUGUUGUGUGCGCUUUAGUUGGCAUCCUGGUGCCUGAUCUGCCUGACUUCUCUGAUCCACUGCUGGGUUUUGAGCCACGGGGAACAGCAAUCGGCCAGAGACUGGUCACAUGGAGCAACAUGGGGAAGAACACAGGCUACAAAGCCACACUUGCCAACUACCCCUUUAAAUAUGCCGAUGAGCAGGCCAAAAACCACCAAGAGCCCAGAUGGAACGAGGACCACUUUGACAGAGACAAACGGCAAGCAGAAUGGGACUUCAGUAAAGAUUUCUUCUGUGAUGUUCCAGAUGACAGUUUUUCAAGGCUUGUGUUUACAUCAGCCGAGGGGAAGAACUUGUGGAAUAUUCAAGCCAUCAAAUCCAUGUGCAAUUUGGACAACACAAGGGUGCGCUCCCAUCGUGACUACCGGGGUCUUUGUCAGCGCACCAAUGAUGCCUCCUGCUGCCCCAGCUGGACCCUCGGUAACUAUAUCGCAGUCAUGAACAACAGAUCAUCCUGCCAGAAGAUAACAGAGCGUGAUGUAUCACACACGCUCAAAAUCCUGCGUUCCUGUGCCAAGUACUACCACAACGGCACCCUCGGGCCUGACUGCUGGGACAUGGCCUUGCGAAGGAAAGACCAGAUGAAGUGUGGAAGUGUACCCCGGAAGUGCACCAAAUACAACGCAGUCUACCAGAUCCUCCACUUCCUGGUAGACAAGGACUUUCUUAGUCCUAAGAGCCUGGAGUUUCCGCCACCUGUGCUUAAGUAUAGCAUGCUCUUCUCCCCUACAAAGACAGGACAGUCUAUGAUGAACAUUUACUUAGAUAAUUUUGAGAACUGGAACUCAUCAGACGGCGUUACAACCGUCACGGGAAUCGAGUUUGGUAUCAAACACGAUCUCUUUCAGGACUACCUCCUCACAGACACAGUGUACCCCGCCAUAGCCAUAGUGAUUGUCCUCCUUGUCAUGUGUGUGUACACACGGUCGGUGUUCAUCACUCUAAUGACAAUAAUAGCCAUCAUCAGCUCACUGAUUGUGUCUUACUUUCUCUACCGAAUGGUCUUCAACUUUGAGUUCUUCCCCUUCAUGAACCUCACGGCCCUUAUCAUCCUCGUUGGCAUUGGGGCAGAUGAUGCGUUCGUGCUCUGUGACGUGUGGAACUACACCAAAUUUGAUAAGCCACACGCUGAGCUGACAGAGAUCGUCAGCGUCACCCUGCAACAUGCAGCCCUGUCCAUGUUUGUCACCAGCUUCACCACUGCUGCUGCUUUUUAUGCCAACUAUGUCAGCAACAUCACAGCGAUACGCUGCUUUGGUGUUUACGCAGGCACUGCCAUACUGGUGAACUAUAUCCUCAUGGUGACAUGGCUUCCAGCUGUGGUGGUGCUAAAUGAACGCUACCUUCCUAACAUGUUCCCCUGCUCUAAGCCCCCACACCAGGACAGAGCCUACGGCAGCAGAGUGCUCUGGACAGGUCUUUGUCAGAGAGCCAAUAAAUGCCUGUUUACUGUCUCUGAGGCAUCCAGGAUUUUCUUUGAGAAGGUGCUGCCUUGCAUCGUCAUCAAACUACGUUACAUUUGGCUCUUCUGGUUCCUUGCCAUCACUGUGGGCGGGGCCUAUGUGGUUUGUGUGAACCCAAAGAUGAAGCUCCCGUCUCUGGAGCUGGCAGAGUUUCAGGUGUUUCGUUCCUCUCAUCCUUUUGAGCGCUACGAUGCAGAGUAUAAGAAACUUUUUAUGUUUGAGAGGGUUCAUCAUGGUGAGGAUCUACACAUGCCUAUCACCAUCAUCUGGGGUGUGACACCUGUGGAUAACGGAGAUCCCCUGAACCCCAAAAACAAGGGGAAGUUGAUGCUGGACAGCAGCUUCAACAUUGCCAGUCCAGCGGCUCAGCUGUGGAUCCUCAACUUCUGCCAGAAGCUGCGAAAUCAGAGCUUUGUCUAUCAGCCGGAGGAGCAAGAUUUCACCAGCUGCUUCAUAGAGACAUUCAAACAGUGGAUGGAGAACCAUGACUGUGAGGAGGCCUCUGUAUACCCCUGCUGCAGUCAGUCCACCUUCCCCUACAAGCAGGAUGUCUUUGAGUUGUGCAUCAAAAGGGCCAUCAUGGAACUGGAUCGGAGUACUAGCUACCACCUAAACAGUAAGACCCCUGGACCUCGAUUUGACAUCAAUGACACCAUUAGAGCCAUAGUGUUGGAGUUCCAGAGCACCUACCUCUUCACGCUGGCCUAUGAGAAGAUGUACCAGUUCUACUGCGAGGUGGAUGCCUGGAUCACUGAAGAGUUGCGGUACGCCCCAGCAGGCCUCAGCCACGGCUGGUUCAUCAGUAACCUGGAGUUUUAUGACCUUCAGGACAGUCUGUCAGACGGCACGCUUGUUGCCAUGGUGUUGUCUGUGGCUGUUGCUUUCAGCGUGAUGCUGCUAACCACCUGGAACGUCAUUAUCAGCCUGUACGCUAUACUGUCGAUCGCAGGGACCAUAUUUGUCACAGUUGGCUCUCUGGUUCUUCUGGGCUGGGAGCUGAACGUCCUUGAGUCUGUGACCAUUUCUGUUGCCGUAGGACUAUCUGUGGACUUUGCCGUCCACUAUGGCGUCGCCUACCGUCUCGCCCCUGAGCCUGACCGUGAGGGAAAGGUGAUUUUCUCCCUCAGCCGUAUGGGCUCUGCUAUCGCCAUGGCGGCCCUGACCACCUUUGUCGCUGGAGCAAUGAUGAUGCCGUCGACUGUGUUGGCCUACACCCAGCUGGGCACCUUCAUGAUGCUGAUUAUGUGCAUCAGCUGGGCGUUCGCUACCUUCUUCUUUCAGUGCAUGUGUCGCUGUCUAGGACCCCAAGGGACCUGCGGUCAGAUCCCCCUGCCCAAAAAGCUGCAGUGUCAAGUGUUCUCGGAGGUCACAUCAACAACCCCACUGCCUCAAGGGAAAGGUUCUGGGCUUGGGAAGUACCAGCUGGACAGCAGAGGUCAGGAAGUCGAGCAUUAUGAGCUGGAGCCGUUGGCUUCCUGUCAGAAAAAUGAGGAUAAACCCAGAGAGGAGCAGGAGGUGAGUGCUCAGCUCUACAAUGGGAUCACUCCUCACCAUCACACCAACGCUCUUUCACACAUAACAUACAAAAGUAAGAUUGAGACUGGCAGAACAGACUCUGAAAACGGCCUUGUAGCCACCCUAAGCACACCUACAAGGUGCCAGUACUCUCAAAACACUAACUGCACAUGUGGAGAUUCCCCUCCUCCUCCUCCUCCUCCUCCUCCUCCUGCUCCCCGACCCCAGCAGUGGACUGCUUGCUCUUGUGCUCAGACACCCAAGGACUCUCCUUCCUGUCCCCCCUCUUCACAGCUCCUCCCCGUCUCAGGGAACAAGCAAAACGCAGCCCUGCUGUCCUCAAACCUGGACUCCAUCUACACACAAAUGGAGUGUCAUAUGCACUACGUCAAUUGUUCUCCUGCUCAUUUGCACCACUGCUCCCAGGGAAGAGUUGUGGCCCCCAGGCAAGGGCCGGCCCACAGCUGCCACCUCAGGAAGUACUGUGUCCACACUGCAAACCAGCAGGGUGGCUUAGCCAGAGAACAGAGACCCAAAACGGCCUCAGACCAGGAUGCAAACCAGGCUCCUGGCUCUGUUAAUAGCUCCGAGCCAGAGGGACAAGAGAGACAAAAAUCAAUGCCUUCAAUCUCCGUCAGCAGCCAAAAUACAGAGACCCCAGCAUCAACACAACCUCAGACUCAAUCCCCCUCCCCGUCACUGAGCUCACCGCACAUAACCGACCAUUGUGAUAGCCAGGCGUCCACCACAACAGAUACAACCGUAUCAGUGGAUGCUUGUAAAACUCCAAGCACCCAGGAGGAGCUUAACAGUUCUCCAAUCACAGAGGAGAAAAGUGUCAAAAAGCAGAACUCUGACAGACAGCGGGCGUCCUCGACCUCUCCAAAGAAACUCUACUGUUUCAGCAGGACUUUAAAAGUAAAGUGCAAUUCAGCUUCAGACUUUAAUGUGCCAAAAACUGAGACCAGUGUGCCUUCUACUGCAAUAAAAACUAAUUCCUCUUUUGAAAGCCUAUGCUGAAAAAACGAAGUUUUAAUAAAAACCUGCUACAGACCUGGUAGCAAAUAUCCAAAAAUACACAUACACUGUCUGUGCGCCGUCAUAAACAAGGUUUGUGACGUGUUCGUUGACUAAGUGCCUAAAUGUGUUUCACAUUCACUCUGACCCGUUAAUAUAAUUCUGUUUACAUCUUCCUGUUUGUUCUCGCCAGUGUUUAUUUACAGUGAAAUGCACACUGCUGUGUCUUUAUUGUAAUGAACAUCGUGGUUGAGACUCCUUCAUGAAGUCAUGUCUAAGUGUUUGGCAUUUCCACACAGCAGCCAUUUGCCCCUAUUUGAAAUCAUGCAGUAUCUGCUUUGCGAUAUCGUGUAUUAUAAUGGAUAUAUGGUUUCAUUUUUAAUUACAUAAGCUGUUUUAAAAUGUGCCACAUUUCGCAGGCAGAUAAGUCGUUGUCACUUUUGUGUAUUUGGGACCGAUUUUAAAGUUGUGUGCGCUAGCAUUCCAGUUGCAACAUGCCUCAGAUGAACUUCAUUAUUAAAAUGUCUUUUUAUCGCCCCCUACUGUCUCAUUCUUUCAUGCUGUCUACCUGUCCAGUAUGUUUUGGAUGAGCAGAAACUUUUAUUGGAAUAGGUUUGUGCUGCUUUUUUCUCCUCACUGUGGGUACCUUUGUCAAACUUUGUAAAGUUUGUAGACCAGGGUCCACAUCUGGAUUUAGGAGACAACCAGUCUGAUAAACCCUCCUGUCCCCUCCAUCAGCUGAGCACAUACUAGU